AAUGUGAGCGUUCUAAAUUUGAAAUGUGAAUUUGUGUAAUAUGGAGCGUCCAUCUGUGUAUCCGAACUUGACGGAUUUGUUAGCUGUGUCGUAUCAAGAUGGCUUCGAUCGUUCGUCGCCAGUGUCUACAGAAGAAGAUAGUCAGUUCGGGGUGGAUUUGACAGGGAAGACUAGUUUGGCUGGCAAGUCGUUUACGAUUGCGGCCAUUUUGGGGUUGUCGGGGGCAGAGCAGGAUGCGAUGAAUUUGAGUGUGGAGCGGCUGAGGAGCCCACAGCUGGGCUAUUGGGCUGGGCAGGAGAUUCAGAGGCUCAAUGAGGGGUUCUGUAGGAGCAUGGCGCCGUCGGGGCUCCGGCAAGACAGUCCGCGGCCGGAGACGAGGCCGCCGCAGCUGAAGCCCCCUCGCAGCCACGCACUCUCCUGUAGUAGCAGUUCCGGACGAAGCAAACGCAUCAGAACCAUCUUCACACCGGAGCAGCUUGAAAGGUUGGAGGCAGAGUUCGAGCGCCAACAAUAUAUGGUCGGCCCCGAGAGACUAUAUCUGGCUCAUGCGCUACAGCUGACGGAGGCACAGGUGAAGGUGUGGUUCCAGAACCGACGCAUCAAGUGGCGCAAGCACCACCUGGAGGUGACGCAGCAGCGGCUAGCUGUGCUGCAGAGACACAGACCUGACGGGGACGAAGACCUGUAAUCUUAGAGC